ACUCCUUCUCCAGGUCCCCAGUUUGAUAAUGACUUCCAAACCUUCCCCGUCAUAUAAACAAGGCGAUGACGAUGGAUUUGAUUUGCGCCACGUCGUCAAAGGUUCUGCAUAUUACCUCCUACUGUCAUUUAAAGCUUGACGAGUCAAACUUCCACUCCACCACUCGGUGUCCUCUCGCUGUGAGAUUUGUAACCACGGAGACGAGAGUGGAGCGAAGACGACGGAUGGCAGCAGGAGGGAAACGUGUUUGAACGCGAGCACAGAGUCCAGGUUGUAACUUUUCUAUGACUGAAUCAAAAGGACAUCAAAGUGAGACGAGGAACUGGGCAACCAAGCAGAGUGUGAGCCCCUGCACCGUGUAAGCAAGCAGCAACGUCGGCGUCUACACUUUUUUUUUUUUUUUUUUAUAGGACCAGGGAAUGAAACCGGAUGGGGAUAUCAUGGAAACCAAUGAGCCCACCGAAGCUGCAGCUGUAGCGGAGCCCUCCUCGUCGCAGGACAACGUCACGGAGCAAGCCCCAUCGCAACCUGAGGAAGCUGCAAAUGACGCAGCGCCCAGGGCUGCGCCGAAGGCCAAUGGCAAGCCAGUGGCAUCAGAUCCCAAAGUCAAACCGAAAGCUAUCGCAACUAAAAUGCACCCUGCGGCCACAUCUGCAGGGGCCACCGGAUCACGGCCAGGUACCGCCUCGCACCGCGCGGCGAAUGGCGUGAAAUCCUCGAACCAAACUGACGCAGUCAAGAAAAUGGCAACUACAGCAAAAGCCUCAGCUGCGGGGGCCGUAUCCAAAAGACCAGUGGGUGGCGCAGCCGUUUCCUCCACAGUUAAGAACCAAUCUAGAGUGCCUGACAAGAAGCCUGUUGGGCCGACCAGGACUACCUCUGCAGCUGCUGUCACAGCAACAAAUGGCAGCAAACCAACAACCGUGAAUGGCAUUCCUAAGAAGAGACCAGUAGCUCAGACUGUUAAUGUAGCUCGACCCAAAACCACAACUACUGCCAGCAGAGCGGCAACGUACCCUGCCCCAAAACCCGGCACUUCGACCACAACAAAAGCUGGUGUUGCCGGUCCUUCAAAGACCACCAGGCCUGCUACAGGUCCCUCGACAUCUCGACCUGCGUUCGACACAUUCAGGCCCACCACAUCCAGGGUCAAGCCCUCCACCACAGCAACAGCCAAAACUGCUGCCUCUCGAGUCACCACGGCACCCUCUACAGGCAGGAGCGCAGCGGCACUGCCUCAUCCUGUGGCUGCAAAGAAAGCAGAUGUCAAGCGACCACCUUCUGCAGUGGCGAAGAAACCUACCGCAGCGCCAACAUCUGCUGCUACCAAAAAACCUGAAGCAUCUAAACCCAUAGCCACCGUGAAGCUCAACGCCGCCUCCAAAGGGUCCAUGGCUGAGAAGGCAGCAGCCCCUAAAACACCACAGGCCAAAACUUUGCAACCUGCAAGAUCUACUCCCUCAAAGAAACCUGUCGGGACUGUUUGGUCCAAAGCCCUCAACAAGGAGCCCCUUGGCCGAACCCCACCUGCCUCUCCAGUCAACAAACCCGCAAACGGCAAGACUCCUCAGGCAAAACGUGGACCCAAACCCAGUCUGGCUGUCCCACCUUUCACUGCUACAAACAAGACGGGGGUUUCAGUUCCUACCACAGCUGCUGUGGAACCACAGAGAGGUGCAGCAGUGGCUGCUGCAGCAACACAAGCAGAGGCGACGGCGUCAUCCAUCGCUGCCCCCGCGCCAGAGGACGACAGUCCACAGGUCUUGGCCCAGGAUGCCACGCCAGAGGUGGUACCUCGGGAGACUGCCGCUCCCCCUGUUCCUCAGAGUCCUGUUGGGGCGGCCGUACAACAAACAUUUCCACCCCAGGAGCAGCAAGUGAGCAUUGCUCACUCGCUAACGACACAGGAGCAACCCCCUGCCCCCGCUGAGCCUGCACUACCACCAGUGGCCUGUUCUCCAGAUCUAUUCGAGGAGGCCGUUUACCCGUCAACAAACCAAAGCCCCUCCACAUCGAAGACCCUCCCAGCAGCAGCGAAUGCCAUCCCUCUGAUGCGAAUUCCUCCCUCCAAUCUAAAUGAAGAGGAGGAUGAAGAGGAGCGGGAAGGAAGCCAGCUGGUUUCGGUCUCUGAAAUGAGUGGAACCACACAGCCCACGGAGGAGUCUCGUCCCGGGUCCGCCGGACCAGUAGGAGGGGCCGCUUGGCGGGCGGGUGGCGCUUUGGUCUCCGAGCUGGACUCGGAGGAGGUGAGCGUCAGCCAGCACGGCGCGUCUGAACUGAGCGCCCCCGGCGUCCUGGAGGGCACGGAGAGCAUGGACGACCUGGGAGACGGCAGCCUCAAAGGAGCCAUCGACAUGGAGGGAGCCUCGGCGGGUUCACCGGACUUUGAGAAGGUUCCUGACAUACCGGUGAAUGACUUUGACGAAGACUUCGAUGAUGAUGACGAUCGGGUGUGUGACAUGGAUGUGGGCUCGGAGCGGGCAGACGAACCUCAGAGGCAUGACAAUGAUGUAGAGGAUGAGGAAGAAGAAGAAGAGGAGGAGGAGGAUGAUGAUGAUGUGGAGAUGGCCAGUGAGGGGGUGACGGAGAGUGGGCUGGAAAGCUAUGGGAAUGCAGAUGAGGAUGACUUUGCUGAGGAUGAAAGACUGGACAACUUAAACAGAGUGGUCGAGGCCCCGCCCCCACCUCUGCUGCCCUCUGUGCUGGCUGCUCAGUUGGACCAAGCAAACCCCGUUGACGAUCCCUGGGCAGACCCUCUUCAGCCACAGCCGGGUCUUGAGCACGCCUCCCAGCCCACACAGGUGGCAGGAGCGUCUGCAGCAAGCCCGUUGGCGGACCCCUGGCAAGCAGACUCUCAGACCCCGACUCAGUCCCGAGCCCAAGCUUGGCUAGAACUCAUUCCUGAAAACCGAGAUGUUCCCCAUUGUUCCCCCGUCAAAGAGGAGCCCCAAAAUGUAGAGGCCCAGAUGUACUUAGAUAAGUCUUGCGCCGCCCUGAUGCAGUCUUUGGCCCCGGCUCUUCUCUCUGCCCCAGGAAUGUCUCUGUCGAGCACCCUGAGCAUUGAGACCAGCACACCCGAGGAACUCUGUGACUACAAUCGAGACGAGAAGAUGUUGCCUCAAGAUGUGCGAGCCGCGCCUCUCUCCAUACAGCCUGACCUGGAGUGGGAAGCAGAGGAGGAGGGCGAGGCCGAGACACUGCCCGCUGAUGAAGUCCUGGGAGGCCCUGCGAAUGCCAACACCUCCAACCCGUCGUCGACCUCGGUAACAGAAGACGAGGCCAGCGACACGGAGGAAGAGGCUCUGUUGGACGACUCCCUGGAGGGUCCGGCGGUCCGGCACAUCGUCUUUGACGGCCAGCCUCCAGCCCAGCGCUGCCUGUCCAUUGUGGAAGAGGAGGCCACCACGGAAGAGCCAGAGGGCGGCGCAGGCGAAGACACCACCCCGCCUUCGGCGACGUCGUUGGCGUCUUACGGCUUUGACGCCAUGACCACGGCCUCAAACUCCAACGCUCAGUCCACAGGGGAGAGCUGCGCCAAGAGCCCGGGCAUCUUCUCCCUGGAAGAGCUGUCUGAGGAGGCCAAGGAGGCCCAACCGAUCCCGCAGCCGUGUCUCGCGGAGCAGCAGUACAUCGACUGUGGGAAGCAGGAGGCGGAGUCCGCCGAUUGUGUCGGGGAGGAAGCGCCGGGGCCCGAGGAAGCCCUGGACCCUUCGUCAGCUCGGAGCACUUUGCAGCAACCAGAGGAGACCCCCGAUGACAUCCAGCCUCCCUACUAUUCUGCUAUCUGUGAAAAGACUGAGAACUCUUUUUCAGGCCUCACUGCGCUGCCGCACCGCCGCGAUCACUCGGCUCACCCCAGAACCUACUGCGACAUCCUCAAGCCCCUCGCCGCCGCCAACCCGCCCAGGCUGACCUGCGCUGACCUCCCACCCAGGAGCCUCGGCCAGCAGGCGCUGAGCCCCCAGCUGCGCCGGCUGGAGCAGCACCAGAGGCAGCUGCUGGAGAUGCAGCAACGCAGGGAUCAACAGAGCAGGCCGCUGGAGGAGGCCGAGCAGGAGAGGAAGAGGAGGGAGGAGGAGGAGCAGCGGAGGAAAAAGGAGGAAGCCGAGGAGGAGAUAAAGAGGAAUGAGGAGAAGCUGGAAAGGAAGACUCGGGAGCAGGCGGCCUCUACGACGAAGAAGGAAGAGGAGAGAUUGGGGAAAGAGGAGCGUAAGCAGAGGAGAGACCUGGAGCUGCAACAGCAGGAGCUGAAGGAGCGGCAGCAGAUCAUGCAGUGGCAACAGGAGCUGCAGCAGUCUAAUAAAGGGCCGGCGGUGCUGCUGUCCCCCUCCUCCGGCCUCUGCACCAUCUACGAAGCGCUGGAGACGAGUGACGAAGAGGAGGCAGAGGAGGGAAUAAAGGAGCUCGACCCCACCAAAGGGAAGAAGGAGCCCAGAAAAGAGACGGGCGACUGUGAAGGAGCGGCAUCGGGUAAACACAAACAUGGAGACUCGUCGCCAUCCGAAAGCCCCCCUCCUCGUCUCCCCGACUCCCCCCAGACCUCCAGCAACCCGUCCCAGGAUGGAGACAGCUCCUCCCCCGAGUCUCCAGAGCCACCGCUGGACCUGGACUGGGGGAAGAAGGUGGACAUCGUCCAGCAGCUCAUCAAGCAAACCCUGCUGCUGAACCGGGACGGCUGCUCGUCGCUGCUGCUGCUGCCGGGGGGCGCCGGCGGCACGCUGAGCCCCCUGGAGAGCAGCCUGUGGCCCAGCCUGCUGCCGCCGUCUGCCACCGUCACCUCCGUCAGCAGCUUCUCCCCAGAGGCCACCGGGAGCGCCCCUCAAGGAGAGUGGACCGUGGUGGAGCUGGAGACGCACCACUGAGGGGUGAAACAUUAGCGACGCUCACACAGGGAAGACACACGAGGGCCGUCUGUUGACACAAGCACAGGAAGUUACACAACAGCCGACACACACUGUCCUCUGAGCAGAUACACAUUUACUGUAGGAGGACGACUGCACAGAGCUUGAAGGGCUGGGCCAUCUGAGGAAAACUGAUCAAUUGCAAUAACUAAAAGAGAUUCUAUCUUGAAGAUUACUAGAUCACGUGUACUGAAUGGUAACGGGUUGUUUUAAACGUCCAUUUUAGAGAGCCUGAGAGAAAGUGAGUAAAAUCCAUGAUGGGAUCAAAAAGAUGGACAAUACAUUAUAUUUAUGAUCUGCCCAGCCCUGGAGCUAGACUCAUAAACUAGUAUUAACUGCUGUAUUCUUUUAAACUACUGAAUAUAUUUGAUCAUUCAAAUGCAGCAACCUGAGAUGUGGUGACACCCUGCAGACGGUGCAGCGCGUUACAAACGGGGCGUCGCUGUAAGGGGUCGAAAGGGUGAGGAACCACUGUUCUAGAUUGACUUGACGCAGGGAUUUACACAACUGUCCUGUUUAAACAAACGAGCGCACACAACACGGGUGGGACUGCUUGAUGCUGCAGUCCAAUCGGUGGCUGUUGGUCCCGUGCUGUUUAUGGAAGCAAAAAAAGGUAAACGACACUUCUUGCCCUGAAUCAAGGCCCUCGGGUGUAGCUACCACGACCGACAGAGUGGAUGGGUUUGUUUUGGGACAUGGAAAAGCCAAAGAUUGGAUCAUGGUUGCAUUCCAGGUAAGUCGGGUCAGUCCAGCACCUGCAGCGCUGCCCGUGAGUCUGUACCCGGGGAAAGAAAGUCCCGGUGCUGGUGAAUAACUUACAUUCUUAGCUCUGCCACAAACACACAAGGCAACGCAAACGUGACAAAGCACUGAAGCUGUUCCCCUCUCACACGGCGUCAGGCACACAAACUACAAAGUUAUAGUUCAAUCCUUUAAACUUGCACCUGUAACCAUAUGAAUAUUGACCGUAUCCUGUGAUGCACACUGCUACUGGCUAAUGGGUUGGAUCUGCGCCUGAUCUGUGCACACACACACACACACGAUGGGGCCGAAUGGCCUCUAUCACUCGAACGUAAACUGAGUUUUGGUUGUUUUUACGUCUUUAUAUUCCUCACCUGUAACCCUUUUUUUUUUUAAAUGGAAGCUCCUUAUCACGUUAUUUUAAAAUGAGAAUGCACUGGAGAUGUCACGCUACUGAAAAGUCAGGAAAGAUUCUGAGAUUGCACUUGGUCCGGUUCAGUCUGGUACAUUCGUACCAAUCUAAAUGUUUAUCGGCGAUGACGUAUUUGCAAACUACUGAGGCCACAGCCGUGUCGUUCCAGCGCCCCCCCCCCCCCCUCUGGCCACUGCUCUGGAGCCAUGUGUGCAGUCCCCCUUCGAGUCGCAUGCUCACAUGAUAGAUCUGUUGGGGAUGACAGGCGAUUAUCAAACGGGGCCUCCUACACUGCAGUAGUCUCCACAGACUUUACAUUCGAAGACCAACUCGAUGGGGUUCAACUGCUUCGCCGCCGAAGGUCAGGGUUCCCUUUUAUUGUGUGACUUGAGGUUGGGUUCAUUCUGGUAUAAACUGCGUGUUGUAAACGGUGAAGUCGGGGUGCUGUCUGGGUUCUGUGCGUUUCGUCAGUCAGCGUUUUUUUAAAGGCAGUCGCCUCGCUGUGACCUCACGGGUUUAAAGAGGACAUUUCUGGGAGUCAGUAGAUUUCCGACCGGACUGUAAAUCUAAAUGGAGGGCCCAGUGGCACGCGGGCUGGUUUUUGGUUAGUAACUGAAUUGAAAGCAGUAGGAAUCUACAUCCGGUGCUUUAACCUUUGACCCCUUCCCCUCUCUUGGUUCCAGGAACAUCGCCUACUAAUCGGUCCGUUCUCUUAUCGCAGCCCAUGUGCAGCAGGCGGGUGUUUACCUCUGUCUGCUUCCCCAGGUCGGACGCAUUAUGCUCUCUGCAUUUGUUUUUUUUAUGAAGCUGGACUUUUUAAUUGUGCUUUCUUAAACGUGUCCGUGUGGUGAUUUUGUAAGCGUGUGUACAUUGUUUCAAAAGACUGUUCACUGUAAUGAAAGGAAACUCCACUUUACUUUUGUACUUUAGAGAUUUAGAAGCAUAGAAUCCCUUUUAAGAGUCAUA